AUGAACGACCGACGGAACGCGUUCUUCAAACACCGACACAGGAACUCGAACACGCCGUCCUGGGUCUGCCUGGACGCGAGCGCAGCCACGUCGAACUGCGUCACAGUGGUCUGGACCUCGGUCUCGGGCGUGGACGAAACUAUCUCCACCUUCAGAUUGGAGAUUGUCACGUUCUCCGCAGAAACGUUUUCCACGCCAAACCGCGACCGCCAAACUCGUUCGUGCACGGGAACAGCAGACAGGUCAUCAGACACCACGUUGAACGGCGACGGAAUGUGCGUUUUCAUCGACGGAUGGAUCUGGAACGACAGAUUGAACAGGUCCACCAUCUGGAUCCGCAGACUCUUGGACUUGCGCACAACGGUGUUCUCGUUGUUGUCGAUCAGAUACUCCACCUGCAAGUCGAGCUUCAAGGCGCCCUCGGCCGUGUCCAGCAGCGGGAGGUGUGCAAACAGCCGGACAUCAAGCGAUUCCUGCGGUUCCAGAGCCUUGGCCGACCGGUAUGUGGUGUUAUGGUCGUGCUCCUCGUUCCAAGUGACUUUCAACGAGCUCGUGUUGAUAUUCCCCGUCGCAUGCAGUUUGAGACCAAAAGAACUCUCGUCCAGGUUCUUCAAAUGGAUCGUGAUCGGAACAAUUUCUCCCUGGUAG